AUGAAGUUCACCACCGAGAUCACACUCCUCACCAUGGCCGCGGGCGUCUUCGCCGAGGCACCCACCAGAGUCCAGCGCGACACACCCAGCCUCGUCGAGCGCGACCUGGCCACCAUCUCCGGCGUCAUCCAGCAGGUCGACAACCAGCUCAAGUCGCUCAACACGGCCGUCCAGGGCUUCAACGGCGACAUCAACGGCCUCGCCACGGCGGCCGGCGGCCUCGUCAACACCCUGCAGCAGGGCACGCAGCAGGUCGACGCCACCUCGGAGAUCACGCUCAACGAGGCCCUCAACCUCCAGCAGUUCGUCACGGGCCUGCAGACGGACGGCAACGCCCUCAUCAAGGGCCUCAACGACAAGAAGCCCGAGUUCGAGAAGGCCAACCUCUGCGGCGUCAUCGUCACCAACGUCGAGCAGACCGGCGCCAGCGCCCAGAAGCUCAUCGACGCCGUCGUCAAGAAGGUGCCCCAGAGCGUCCAGCAGGUCGCCAGCCAGCUCGCCGGCUCCUUCUCCAAGUCCCUCACCGACGCCAAGGACAACUUCGCCCCCGGGAAGUGCAACAACGCCAACGGCAGCGGCGGUGCCGCCGGCAGCAACAGCACCAUGCCCAGGACGAGCAGCCCCGCCAAGGCCGGCGCCGGUUCUCUCUACGUCAGCGCCGGUGCCAUUGCCGUGGCGGCGUUUGCUUCCCUGCUGCUGUAA